AUGGACCGGCCGGGGGACACGGAGCCCAGAGUCAUGGACGACGAGAUGCUGAAGGCGGCCGUGGGGGAGCAGGGCCCGCGGGAGGAGGCCGGGCAGCUGGCCAAGCAGGAGGGCAUCCUCUUCAAGGACGUCCUGUCCCUGCAGCUGGACUUCCAGAACAUCCUCCGCAUCGACAACCUCUGGCAGUUUGAAAACCUGCGGAAGCUGCAGCUGGACAACAACAUCAUCGAGAAGAUCGAGGGCCUGGAGACCCUCCAGCGCCUGGUCUCUCUGGACCUGUCCUUCAACAACAUCGAGGCCAUCGAGGGGCUGGACGCGCUGGUGAACCUGGAGGACCUGAGCCUGUCCCACAACCGCAUCUCCAAGAUCGACGCGCUGGACGCGCUGGCCCGGCUGCGGGUGCUGUCGCUGGGCAGCAACCAGAUCAGCCGCCUGACGAACGUCAUCUACUUGCGGCGGUUCAAGGACCUGCGGACGCUCAGCCUCUCCGGGAACCCGGUGGCCGAGGACGAGGACUACAGGAUGUUCGUCUGCGCCUACCUCCCCGACCUCGUGUACCUGGACUUCCGGCGCAUCGACGACCACAUGAAAGAGCUGGCGGAGACGAAGCACCAGUACGGCCUCGACGAGCUGAAGCACCGGGAGAACCUGAUGCAGGCCCGGCUGGAGGACGAGCAGGCCCGGCGGGAGGAGCUGGAGGAGCACAAGGCGGCCUUCGUGGAGCACCUGAACGGCCCCUUCCUGUUCGACAGCAUGUACGCCGAGGACGUGGAGGGCAGCAAGCUGUCCCACCUGCCCGGUGUGGGCGAGCUCCUGGAGACCUACAAGGACAAGUUUGUCGUGGUCUGCCUGAACCUCUUCGAGUACGGCCUGAAGCAGCAGGAGAAGCGGAAGGCGGAGCUCGACACCUUCACGGGGUGUAUCCAGGAGGCCAUCCAGGAAAACCAGGAGCAGGGCAGGCACGAGAUCGCCCGGUUCGAGGAGAAGCACCUGCUGAGUUUAAGUGCCAUCCGGGAUGAGCCUGAACUGACCAGCUUUGAGAUAAAGGUUUCGGAGUUCAGCGAGGACGUCACUGAGCUGUUCAACGUGCUCAUGACGCUGGAGAUGCAGCUGGUGGAGCAGCUGGAGGAGACUAUAAACGUGUUUGAAAGGAACAUCAUCGACCUGGUGGGACUCUUUGUGGAAAACGUCCAAAGCCUGAUGGCUCAGUGCCGGGACCUGGAGAACCACCACCACGAGAAGCUCCUGGAGAUCGCCAUCAACACCCUGGAGAAGGCGGUCAAGGGCGAGCUGGGCGAGGACCUGCCCGACGACGUGCGCUCGCUCUUUGUUGACAAAGACACGAUCGUUAACGCGGCCGGGGCCUCGCGCGACCUCCACCUCCUGAAGAUCGACAACUGGGAGGAUGAGCUGGUGACCAGGGUCAACUCCUGGUGCACACGCCUGCUGGACAAGACGCACAAGGACGCGGUCACGAGGAACCGCAGGCGCGUGAGGGAGAUCAGCAGGUACGUCGACCACGUGCGGAGCGAGCUGGACAGCCUGGAGUGCGGCGACCUCGCGGACUAG